AUGUCGAACAAAGCCGCUCCGCAACCCGACAAUGACGACCUCACAAACCCGAAAGUCGCAGUCUCAUGCCUCGAUUUCCUCCUGAUAGAACUCGUCCCUCUGGCGCAAAGAAUCACCGAUCAAUUGCACGCCCGCGAACAAGCUCUGCUCGACGACUUCAGCAGGAGUAAAAUCUUCAAUCAUGGAAAAGCAAACGACACGAGCACUAUUGCUGUGACAGGCAAGCCCGCGCCUAGAGAUAGCAAUGUUCCGGCGAUUACAGUCACUGAAGGGAAUGCGUCUUCGGUGAAAGGGUCGGAAGUGAGCACGACAGUAGGAGAUGGGAGGAGUAGCGUUGGUGGACCGGGGAAUGCACCGACGGGAAUGGACGAGGCGACGAGAGAGGCGAUGUUCUGGCGAUUAGAUGGGUUGGGAUAUCGAGUUGGACAAGGCCUUGCUGAGCGAUUCUCCGUGGGGAAACCCAGACCGCAAACACCAUUGGAUGCCAUCAAGUUCAUCUGCAAGGACCUUUGGACGUUGUUGUUCCGCAAACAAAUCGACAACCUGAAGACAAAUCACCGCGGCGUCUUUGUGCUUACAGACUCGAGAUUCCAGCCACUGAGCAGGAUGAGUGUGGAUCGAAGAGCGGGAUCAAAAGCCGGCGAAGAGGCUUUGCGCAAGGCACAGACUUAUCUCUACUUUCCCUGCGGCGUCAUCAGGGGCGCGCUUGCAGGACUGGGCAUGGAAGUCACCGUUACAGCCGACACAGCAGAUAUACCUGCGGCUACGUUCCAGAUCAAGACCAAAGGAGCCAAAUCAUGA